AUGCCGGGAUCUCCGAUUCCUGGGACAAAUAACUCGGCUGCAACCCUCCGGAGUUCUUUACAAGAACGAGAGGCCCGACUAGAAGAGAAAGAGAGAGACGUAGAAGAGAGACUCUCAAAAUUAGAGCGUCGCGAAAGACAAGCGGCCGCGGCUGUAGGAAAUCUAACCAACAGCGAGCCGCUUCGUGAGUCUACCGAUUCGGAGGAACGAGUCAAGGCCCUCACCGAAGAGCUGGAGGAGAAGUCAAAAGCUUUCUCGGAGAUGUCUCAGCAGUUUCAGGAGCAGUCCGAAAGCUUGGCGCUGAAACGACGGACCGACAAAGGGUCCGAGGCGGAGACCGAAGAGGACAAGGAGAGAGACGCGUGGACCUUAGAGGUCGUCAACGCUGCUCACGCCUUGAUGAGGAGUCGGCCAGUUGUCGAUGCCAAUUCUUCGCUCACGCGCGCCGAAGCAGCCAUCCAAAUGUGGCUGGCCGCUAACAGAAAGCUUGGCGGAGAAGUAGAAGCUCUAAAGAAGAAGGAAGGGGAAGGACUAUUAGACUUGCUGGGGGUGGCUCGGAAAAGACGACGGGCUAGCGAAGAGCUUAAGGCGGAGACGGAAGAAGAUAAGGAGAGGGGUGCAUGGACCCUGGAGGUCAUCGACAUUGCUCACACAUUGAUAAGGAACCGGCCGGUCAUCCAUGCUAAUUCUUCGCUGACGCGCGCCGAAGCAGCAACCCAGGUGUGGCUGGCCGCCAAUAGGAAGCUUAGCGAUGAAGUCGAAGCUUUAAAGAAGAAGGAGGAGGAGGGACUUUUAGAAUUGCUAAGGGUUCCUCGAAAAAGACGACGGACCGAUAAAGGGUCCGAGGCGGAGACCGAAGAAGAUAAGGAGAGGGAUGCGUGGAUCUUAGAGCCUACCGCAGCGUUACUUGCUACCGUGCUGGGAUGUCUCUUAUCCUCGAACCGCGUCGAGAAUCUCGGCAGUACACUCUUUCAGGUCCCGAUCUUCCCUAUAGCGACUGCACGGCUCUCUGCUAGUCUACCACAGGGUCACCGGCUACCGUUCCGGGGAGUCUCCUGGCUAUCCUCAAACCGCGUCAAGGACCUCGGCAGUACGCCCUUUCAGGCCUCGAUCUUCCCUGCCGCAACCACACAGCUCUCUGGUGAUGACUGGGGAAGUCCUACCUCCUAG